ACAGGCAAAAUAGGAGACUAGAUUGUGGUCAAGAGACUUGAACGUCGGCUGCACAGUUGGCAAGUAGUUCUUCAUUACACAAGCCCACACGCAAUAGCGAUGACGGGAAAAGCUGCUGUAGUCAUUGCACUAUUGUGCCUAUUCCAGGAUUUACAAAAUUGUAAUGGCUUCAUCGCUCCGAGAGAAAAACGUCAAGCUGCAGAAGCUGAUGAACCGUCUGUAGACGAAUUAUGCAAAAACCGUCCAGCUGACGAAUAUUUCCGUCUGACUACUGAAGGAGAUUGCAGAGACGUCGUCAGGUGUGACCAAGCUGGCGAGAACGGUAUUGUCCGUCUCGCAGGCGUCCGAUGUCCUCAAGGAUUAGGUUUUGACAUUGAACGUCAGACUUGCGAUUGGAAAACUCGUGUGAAAAAUUGUGACAAACUAGAUAAACCCAGAAAGGCUUUACCAAAUUUGAAGACAGAUGAACCUGUAUGUCCAAAAGAUCAACUUCAAUGUGGAAAUGGUGAAUGUAUUAACAAAGAUCUGUUCUGUAAUGAUAGACCCGACUGUAAAGAUGAGUCUGAUGAAAACGCUUGCAGUGUGGAAACUGAUCCUAAUCGUGCACCAGACUGCGACCCUAUCCAGUGCGUUUUACCCGAUUGCUUCUGUUCAGCUGAUGGAACCCGAAUUCCAGGAGGAUUGGAACCCACACAGGUACCCCAAUUGAUCACCAUCACUUUUAACGGUGCUGUCAACGUUGAUAAUAUGGAUCUUUACGAUGAAUUGUUUUCCGGUACACGUAUGAACCCCAAUGGUUGUCAAAUCAAAGGUACAUUCUUUGUGUCACACAAAUACACCAACUAUGCCUUUGUCCAAGAGUUACACCGCAAGGGCCAUGAAAUCGCUGUAUUUUCGUUAACGCAUAAGGACGAUCCUAAAUAUUGGACAGGAGGUUCUUACGAUGACUGGUUAGCCGAGAUGGCUGGUGCUAGGCUUAUUACUGAAAGAUUUGCCAACAUAUCUGACGGUUCAAUUGUUGGUGUCCGUGCACCUUACUUGAGAAUUGGAGGAAACAAACAGUUUCAGAUGAUGGAACAUCAAUUCUUUGUGUACGACGCUUCCAUCACCGCGUCAUUAGGUCGAGUACCAAUUUGGCCAUAUACUCUAUUCUUCAGAAUGCCACACAAGUGUAACGGUAACGCUCAAAACUGCCCUAGUAGGAGCCAUCCCGUAUGGGAAAUGGUUAUGAACGAAUUAGAUAGACGAGAUGACCCCACCUUUGACGAAUCUCUACCCGGUUGUCACAUGGUCGACUCGUGUUCGAAUAUCCAAACCGGUGAUCAGUUCGGUCGUAUGCUGAGACAUAAUUUCAACAGGCAUUUCAACACUAACCGUGCACCUUUAGGAUUACAUUUCCAUGCUUCGUGGUUGAAAAGCAAAAAGGAAUUCAAAGACGAAUUAAUUAAAUUUAUUGAAGAAAUGUUGAAGAGAAAUGACGUAUACUUUGUCAAUAUGUUACAGGUAAUUCAAUGGAUGCAGUCUCCGACUGAAUUGGAAGGAAUGCGAGACUUCGCUGAUUGGAAAGACGAGAACAGCAAGUGUGAUGUUAAAGGACAACCAUUCUGUUCUCUACCUAAUCCAUGUCCAUUAACCACCAGAGAAUUACCAGGGGAAACCAUUCGAUUAUUCACAUGCAUGGAAUGUCCAAAUUACUAUCCAUGGAUUUUGGACCCAACUGGUGAUGGAUUUUCAACGAGAAGAAAAAGAAACAUUCACCUGAAUUUCAAAAACAAAAAUUAAUUUGUCUAGUCACAAUUAAAAGAAAUUAAAUGAGAAAAUUUAAAGAACAACACAUAAAUUGUGAUUUUUGUGUUAUUUUCUGUUGGGUACUUAUAUUAUGUUAAAUUAAAAACAUAAUUUCAAUUUUUUAUAACAAAUAAGUACAAAUAGGUUGUAUUAUAAUACUUAAAUUAUUUUAUAAUCCUUUUUUUUUUUUUUGUACAUUUUUCCAUUAUAAAAUUUUACCUUUUGGUUAAUUAAAUUAGACUUAAUGGUUAUUGUCAGGAAAAUAUAUCAACAAAAAAUAAAUUGAGAGUAAAUAUUUAAGCUAUCAUUUUAAAUCUCAUAUAGUUAUUUUAUAACUAUAUGUAUAUAUAUAUAUGUGUAGUCCCUAUUGAUUGUAUAUCUGUAAACAAUAUUUUUCCUAAUUGAAUUACUAGAUUUAAUAUUGUAAUUGAUAGUUUAUUUAUCUAUAUUACAGUUAAUUUGUAUUGUUUAAUAAAAAUUUAAGUUUUUA